AUGAGCUGUGAUGAAUUGAAACAAUUUUUUGAUGCGUACAAAACCUGGGUGUGCAAAAAUGUCGAGUUGGUUGGCGAAUUUGAAAAUCUUCUGAAGCUCGCGUCAUAUUUUGUGUCAGGAAAAUGUCCGCAAGCGCAAUGGGUCUCCGAACUGGUGUAUUCAUUGGGCAACUUCGUGACAUUGGUCAACGACUGUCUGUUACGCAUUGGGAAAGGAGAACCUUUUGAUAAUAAGGUUGAUCUUCAUCGAAAUAGUGGUUGGAUGAAAGUUGGUCUCGCUGUGCUGGAAUACGUCGAAGUUUUUCUGGAAACCUUUGCAGAAAGAUUCCUGGGAAAGCGUGGGAAGUGGUGUAUUGUGCUGAUUCUGCAGUUAUUGAGAUCGGUUUGGCGCGUGGCCCUGCUCAUAUGCGGAAGAUGGCGAUUAGUUGUAAGUCCGGCUGUGAAACCUCUUCCGCGGAAAAGCAAGAUGGAUUAUUUAAAACCGGUCAGCUGCGAAGUAUCCCGUUUGCGACGAUCGAAUAGAUGUUUGCGGAAAUUAGACGGAGCACCUCCUGCAUCCUCAAGAUCGUGGAAGCCGAUUUACUCUGAACCGGUGGACAGUGGUUCAUCCGUACCUAAUUUGUCCUCUAAGCAGCUCACUGCUGAGCUGAUCUACGUUGUGAAGCCUUUGGCACAUUUGGCGUUGCUUUUUCGGUGUGGAUCCGCGUCGUGGAAACCUUGGGUAGGCUCGCUUGCAAUGGACUGUGUCUCACUGGCAUUGCAUCGCCAGGAAGCGAGUCGCCUGCGAGGCGACGAAAAAUUUGAGCUUAUCAGCCGCGCAGUGUUUCUUUUGGUGUAUCUUCUCCGAUCUCCGAUGUACGACAGGUGUACAAAAACGAAAAUCUUGAGCUUUCUCGCCAAAGCAUCUGCAAAGUCUAGAUUAUUGCGGUACGUUUGCGACCCUGUGGGAAAUUAUCUGCCGGAAUGGCAAAAGACUUAUUUCCGCGUGUGGUCGUCGUAGUUACUGGUGCACUACUGUCAAUUUUAUCGAGGGAUAUUUGAGGUUACUUAUUUCAGUUUCAUUUUUGUAACGGAUUGGGAA